GGCAGCUACUGGACGCUGGACCCGGACUCCUACAACAUGUUCGAGAACGGGUCUUUUUUGCGCCGCCGUAGGCGCUUCAAGAAGAAAGACGUGGCUAAGGAGAAGGAGGAGGUGCGGGAGAGGCUGCUGAAGGAGCAGCCCAAGGAGCUGCCCAAGGAGCCGUCCUCGUCCUCGUCCUCGUCCUCCUCGUCCUCCUCCGAGAAGAAGGUGGUCAUCAAGAGCGUGGCGUCCUCGCCC